CUGCGUACCCGAGCAUCCUGCACACCAGAUUUUGUCCCGUCUGCGAGAUAGGCGGCUCAAGAUGACGGUCUUAGAGAGUGUCAAGGAAGCCGUCGGCUUCGGGGGCGACAAUGCUCCUGCCUCGAGAGAAGCCAUGUCAGAGGCUAGAAUUCCACUCCAGUACCGAGAUAGCUGUGCGAACCUCCUCAUUCCCCUGAACAAGUGCCGGCACGAGAACUCAUGGAUGCCCUGGAGAUGUGAAAACGAAAGACACAGCUACGAAAAGUGCCAGUAUGAGGAAUUCAAGAAAAGAGUCGCAAAGAUGGAGAGCCUUCGAGCGGCCAAGUCUGCCGAGGGAAGCAGUUGAACAGCACGACAGAACUGGUCCAUACAGAAAAGUCAAAGUCUACCACUAUUGUACAUAUACUACAGGGCUUCAUUCGCCUUCAAGGCAGGAAUCUGGAAUAAAGGGCCAGGCGUGAAUCGGUUGACUCGUGGUUGAGGACAGCGACAGCCACAAGGCGAGUUUCGGCUGCAUCGAGGACAUCUUGCACAUGAUGGCACAUGAUGUGCAAGACCAACGGCAGAAAUCAAGAGGGAGAAUCAACAGAGACCUUGAUGGGCCUGCAGAAGGAUACCACAGUAUCAUGCCAUCGCACCCAAGAUUGAGGACGGAUGGUCCCAUGAAUUGAUGGUCGCCCCCCUAGGCACCUACUAGGGACUGUUCACAUUGCCUUGUAUGCAAUCCGAUUUAUCACACUCGUACUCCGUAAGACUACUCGUACAGCACCCCCACGUC